AUGCCUUCAAUGUACUCAACUCAAAUUCCCGAGAAUUCCAUGGCUUCGGGUAGCACGCCGACCUCGGAGAAUAAGGAGAGCAAGAAUUAUUUGAGAUACUUCGAGUCUUCUUGUGGAUCGUUGGUGGAGAAUGAAUUCAACAAUCGAAAAAACCCCUCAGGACUAAUGGAGAUGGGGAUUGGCAUGGUAAGAAAUGCGAAUUAUAUAUCAAAAAUGUCUUGAAAUUUGUUCUACAGUCUUAUUUUUUAACUUCAUCUUCAAAAAUCUCAUGAAAAUCCAGUUUUUCGGAAAUUUCCAGAAAAUCCGUCAUCCUGAAAUCGGAUAAUGGGAAAAAAGGUAUACAAAAAAAUUUCAUACUAUUUUUUCUGAUUUCUAAAUUGAUCAAAAAUGAAACUCGUUUCAAAUAUUUUUUAGAUUUCAUUACUUUUUAAUGUGUCAUAAUGACGCAUUUUUUGGAAACAUGACUAAAUGUCGGAUUUUUGGCUUUUUUAUACAAAAACCGGUUUGGAAAGUAAAGUAUAGCAUAUUCCACAAGGUUACCAAAAGUUUAGAGUUGGUGACAUCUUAUACGAUCAAACAUUUCUGGAAAUUUUCGUCAAAAAAUCAGUUUUUCAUCUAUUCAAAAUUUAUGUCCAAUCAUAUAAAAUUACAUUUUCAGCGCUCUCCGAUGAGUUAUCUUCGCAUGCUCGAGCUGCAACGCCAGCAAAACAUGAAGGUUCUGAAGGAACGCGCUUGGGAAGGCGCCUAA